AUGAUUUCUGCAUAAAAAACACAGCAUUUGUAGGAUUAGCAAACCCACAAAAACAUACAGGGUUAUGUUGAUUGGGCUAUUUAGAGAAUUCCAUCAAUACACAGCAAUGAAUUGAAGAAUAUAAGUUACGAUUAUGUUUUAGUUAAUUUAAGCUCUAUUAUCAGCGAGCAUUUCGUGUCAAGCAAAAGUUUGCUUUCAAACAAAAGCGCUUUUUUAGAAAAAGUAACAAAGAAUUUUAUAGAUGUCAUUACUCAUCUAAAGCCUAGCAGAAAUAUUAUUGUUAGCAUUGAUGGAGUGAAGCCUAUUUAAAAAUCAAAAUAUGAGUAUGUUUAGUUGUUAAAGCAAGAUCCGAAUCACAUCAAUUAUUCAGAUUUAUAUCCAGGAGCUUAACUAAUUGAAGAAUUACAUGAAAAGAUAAAGCAAGUUGCUCAUGAUUUUAUAUAAAAGCAUCAGGAAUUGAAUUUUGUUAUUUUAGAUUAAAAUAUGCCAGGAGAUGCACUUUAUAAACUAAGGUUUUUUAUACGCCAACAGAAGAAUAGAUUACAUUUUAGAGGUGAUUUUAGAUUUGCUCUUGUGGAUAACAGCAAUUAGGGCUUUUUAACAGCACUAGCAUUACAUCUACAUUAUAUAGAUUUGAUCUAGCAUUAAAGCCAAUCAAUUUAGUAAGGCCACGAAUCAUCAUUUAAGUAUAGCACAAUCGAUGUAGGAGUAUUUAAGUAAUUUAUAAUUUCUGAAUUCUCUUUAAUGAACGUGCAAGGUGUUCAUAACUUUUAGUCAAUUAUUGAUGAUCUCAUCCUGCUUUCACUGCUCCUUGGAUCUGAAACUCUCCCAAAAUUAACUUUUUUCUCUUUUGAAAAGAACGGAAUGGAUUAUUUGUAUUAUCUCUACAAGCGUAUGUAUCCUUUCUUGAAUGGAAAUUUGUCAGAAAAGGGAGUUAUCUAUCAGGUUAAUUUACACUUAUUCUUCCAUGAGUUGGGAAUGAUAGAAGAUAUUCUAAUUUUCAACGAAAUAAGAUAAUCAUAGUUUUAAUAUAACAAUUCUAGACAUAAUAGCAUUUAGCUACAAAAAUCUGUAGAAGAAAUAAUUGAAAAAAUUAAAUAAAAAUAUGACUCCUUAGAUUACGACCCAAUCAGAGCUUCUGAGAUAGUUUAGCAAGUAUUUGAGAAAAACUUAAACGAAACAUUAUAAGAAUAGCAAUAAUUAAAAAAUGAAGGAGAAGAUGUUGCAUAACAAAGCUAACCAAAAGUGGUUCCAAUUAUUCCAGCAGCAUAACAUGUAUAGAAGCCACAAGCUAGUGAAAAAAAGACUUAUAAAUCAUUCUUUACUCCCGAUAAGAUGAAGGAGAUUCACCUUUAGUGUCUCUCAAAGGCAUCUUCUAUCUAUUAAGACUGUAUUGUCGACACAAGUAAAUACGGUGAGAGAUUCUUCGAAGGUAUUUGUGAAGAUGAUAAUGAUGAAGACUCUGAUAUUGAUGAAAAAGCUACAUUGACUGAAAGAAACCACAAUAUAGCCCAAUAAUACUUGAUUAUAAAUAACUACAAACCCGGAGAGAGAGGUUAUAAAGAUCAGUUUUAUCUUAGUGUAGGAAAAUAUGAUCAAUCUGAUUUAUCUACCCUUAGACCUAGCAUUACAUAAAAAUAUUUUGAAGGAGUUGUUUGGCAUUUCGCAUCCUAUUAUGGAGAGUAUCCAGCAUGGAAUUGGGAGUAUAAUUAUCAUUUUGCACCCUUUGCAGAGGAUAUGAAUAAACUUAGCGAGUUAUAAAUUAAAUUCUUUCGCUAACCACCCCUAACUAAUUCAUAGUAUAUGAUUAUUAUGUCCAAUCAAUCAUACUCCUCUAAAUUACCACAUGAAUUGAAAGAAAAGAUUUAUGGAGAACAAAGUAAUUUAGCAGAUUUGUUCCCAUUAAGCUUUGGGUAAGGACCUAACAAGACCUAGUUUUUAUGCACAUUAGAGAUUGAAAGAUUCUUGAGUUUCUUGUAAAAAAUACCCGAAUAUAUCUCUUUUGCAUAAAAAAUGGAUAAGGAAGAGCCUUAUUAGACAUUAAUAACCCAUAAAAAUACAGUGCAGAAAUCUUUAACUGAAUAUGAAGCCAAUGGAUAAGCAAAGUCGGAAGGUACAGAUCCAUAAUAAUAGCAGUAGCAUCAUGAUUAAAAAAAUUUGUUAAAAAUUUAGCAAAGUAACAUCUGCUGUGAAAUAGUGAAAAUACUAAAUCCAAGCGAGGAUAUUUAUACAGCUUAAAUAGAUACAAUAAGCUAAAAACUUCCAAUUAACUUAGAUCUAAGUAAUUUAGUUGUAACAUUAACAGAUAAAGAAAAGGAAAAUAUUCUUGAGUAGUUAGGUGAUAUUCACUAAAAUGCUUAUGUAAAGAAUGAAAAAAUUAAAAUUUUAGAAAGAAGUUUGGGAAUUACAGUUGAUGCCAACGAAGUAUUCAACAGAGGAAUUGGUGAAAAAAUCUUAUAUACUAUACCAUAAGCAUUUACAACAACAAAAAGCGGACAAUAAAGUAUAGGAAAUAACUAGAGUUAGAUGAAUUAAUAGCAAGGCUAGCAUAAUAGAAAUGAUAAUAGAAAUAAUCACAGAGAUAAUCACAAAGGAUAUUAAGGCCAUAACAAUUAAAAACCAAAGUAUAACAACUACUAACAAUAAGGUCAUUAUCAAUCUGGACAUUACAAUCACCAUUAAGGAGGUUAAAGAGGAGGUUAUAAUUAGCACAACAAUAAUGGCAAUAAUAAUAAUAAUAAUAACAACAAUAAUUAUCACGGAAAUCACAACAAUUACAACAAAUUCAAUAACUAUAAUAAUAAUAACAACAACAAUAACAAUAAUAACAAUAAUAAUAAUCAUUACAACAAUAAUAAAAGACCUCAUCCAGAUUCAAGAUUUAAUAAAAAUAAUAAUAAGGGAAGGAAAUAAUUUUAAUCUAACAAUUAUAACAAAUGA